AGAUCACAUUUUCACAGUCCCACUGUCUGCAGCGGGUACAGAGCGCACCAUGCAAGCUUUCAUCAUUCUGUGUCUGUUGCUUUCUGGAGCCCUGGCGUUUCCACGCAGCGGUAAAGAAGAGGGGGAUCCUAGUCACAAAGAAGGAACCGGACCGAGGCACGGAACAGAGAUGAGACGCAGUGAGAAACCGGAAGAUGACAAGAGGCAGGGAGACGUGACGGAGGAGAAAAGAGAGGAUGACGGUGGAAGCGGUGGAGAAAAGGAUGGCAAAGGGACGUUGAGUGUCGUUACGGACUUCGAGUACUCUGGACAACCUGCGGAAAAAACAAAUGACCCCUACAAAAAUGAAAAGGCAGACAGCAGUAAAGGGAGGGGUGGAGAAAAGAAAAGAACUAAAGGUAGCAGUGAUCAGGAUAAAGGAGAAGAGAACUUCAGCUCCACUCCACAACAAGCCACAAAGUGGAAAAUGGCGGUUGCCGUGGUAGCGGUAUUCCUUGUCGCUGUGGUGACCGUCACCCUGUGGAAGUGCCAUGCCAGAAGAAGAGCCAGCAGGAGCACUGCAGUGGCAGACCUCACCUAUGAGAGCAUCGAGGAAGGAGCGCCCGCAAGCGCAGACGAUGGUCAACAGAUCCCCAUGGAGCCUGUUUACCAUUUUGCCCAGAUCCCCCAGACUUCAGGCGGCAAAGACCUGAAGGAGUCCAGUGAGGUCAUUUUCAGUCUGGCCCAGAACCCCUUGGCCUCCAGUGACAAUGUUGCCGCAGGUCUUCAGGGCCAAAGCGAGGCGGUGUACAGCACGGUUCUGAAGCCGCAGACCUCCAGAGACGACGGUACCCCCUCCGCAGCCUCAGAUCCAGAUCCCAGCGUCUGACACUCCCCUACCCCCCCCUCAGCUCCUCAUGCCGCCUGCAACGUUUGUAAAUAAAAACAUUUGUCUCUGGUCA